CCUCGGCUCAAAAUCGCGGUCCGGUGCUAGUUUCUUAGGGUUCAGCCAACUGCCUUUUUUAUGCCGCCAAGACUAAUCCAUGCAUUGCCCAAGUACUUCGAGCCCAUGCCACAGUUCAGCCACGCUGCGUCCUGAAUUUCGAGCAGUUGAGGGAAACAGCCGACCUGACCAGGGGGGAGGUCGCAGGUUUCGACCUACCAUAAAUCGUACCGGCACUUUGCCCUGAAGUCGGUUCCCGCGAGGAUGCUUGCUCGCCUUCGUAGAAUCCACACCGGCGUGGCACCCUCCUCUUCAUCUACUCAUGCAUUCCUCCCCUUAAGGCUGUCAAAUUCUCAUGACCUAUACCAGCUUGCCUCCGGGCAUCUCCCCGCCGUUGGCGGAGAACAAUGCCCACAACCAUACCGGGCUGAUCAUCAUCUUCGCAAGCGUGUGUCUUUUCCUGGUCCUCAGCUCACUGGCGAUGCGCGUCUACGCAACAACGCAGAGGUCGAUGGCAUUGAGCGAUGACUAUCUUCUGGGGGUUGCAGUGGCAGUCGCCAUCACGCAAAUAAGUGUCGUUUUCUACCAAACGCAUCUGGGCUGGGGAAAGAGCUCCGAACUCCUCGAUCAAUCUAGCACAGAGCGAAUGGACAAGAGCGCAUACGCCUCCGACCUGCUCUACAUCAUCGUCCUCGGCCUCUCCAAAUGCUGCACCAGUCUUCUAUACCAACACCUAACCACUCACGCGGCACGCUGGAUCCCACGCAGCCUUCUAGGUUUGUCCAUCAUCUGGACCAUAUUAUCAGUCAUCCUCGUCGGGGUCCGCUGCAGCAGGACCCAACCAUGGAUCGACAUCAACGACAAAUGCUCCAGUCUACAACCCCACUGGACAGCAACAACCGCCCUGGACAUCCUCCUCGAAAUCCUCCUCUUCAUCUACCCCAUCAAACUAAUCUACAGCCUCCGACUCCGCCGAUCCCGCAAACUAACCGUGCUCGCCCUCCUCGGCAGCCGAGGAAUCCUCCUAAUUCCCCUAACAACAAUCCACUACCGCACCCUCCUCACCCAACUACACUCCGCGAACCCCACCCUCCAAGCCUCCAACCCAACCAUCUUCAAAGAACUUUACCUCGCCACCAGCAUCCUCCUCCUGACCCUCUCCUCGUUCAAGAUGUUGAUCGCCGUCUACGAGGACGACGACGGCCUCGCCUACUACACCAGUGACGGCGGCGGCGGCGCCCACAGCAGUAAAUCCCGGCACCAGAACACGACCUGGAAUACGCGGGACGGUGGUACGGGUGGUCCGGGUGGUGGGUCCCGCUCGUCGAGGCAUUACACCAAGCGAAAGUCCCGGGUUGGUCUGCCAGACGCUGGUCGGGCUUAUGAUGCCGAUGGUACGGGGGGUGGUAGUGGUGGCAGCGGUGGUGGUGGUGAUACCAUCGAGGAGGAGCCGAUCCUGGGGCGCUUUGCGCGAGGCGGGCAGCAGCAGCUGGGAAUGAUGGGGAUUCGGAAGGAUAUACAGAUUGAGGUGACGAAUGCUGCUUCGUGCUGUCGCUCUCUGGGAAGGCAUAGAACACUAGACUACGAAGCGGAGAUCGACGAUAUCAUUAUGAAGCUUUAG